AUGGCGGGACCCCUGAGGAGCCGGGUGGACGAGCUGAAGCAACCCUGGUGGCGGCAGAGCUCCCCGCUGGUGCUGCAGCACAGUGAGGCGGCCCGGCUGGCGGCCGACGCCCUCCUGGAGCGGGGCGAGGAUGCCUACCUGCGGGUCAUCUCCGAGGAGCGGGAGCUGCCCUUCCUCAGUGCCCUGGACAUGGACUACAUGACGAGCCACGCGCGCGGGGGCCCGGAGCUCGGCGAGGCCCAGGGACCCGAGGCCUCGGGGCCUGACCGCCUCAGCCUGCACUCUGAAGUCACCUCAGGCACUUACUUCCCCCUGGCCUCCGACAUAGACCCUCCAGACCUGGACCUGGGUUGGCCCGAGGUGCCACAUGCCACGGGCUUCAGCCCCACGCAGGCUGUGGUCCACUUCCAGCGGGACAAAGCCAAGAGCAUCAAGGACCUUCUGCGUUUCCUCUUCAGCCAGGCCCGCACGGUGGUGGCUAUCGUGAUGGACAUAUUCACCGACAUGGAGCUUCUGUGUGACCUCAUGGAGGCCUCGGGCCGGCGUGGUGUCCCCGUCUACCUGCUCCUGGCUCAGGAGCACCUAAGACACUUCCUGGAGAUGUGCUACAAGAUGGACCUCAACGGAGGGCACCUGCUGAACAUGCGUGUACGGAGCACGUGUGGGGACACAUAUUGCAGCAAGGCAGGCCGCCGCUUCACGGGGCAGGCCCUGGAGAAGUUCGUCAUCAUCGACUGUGAGCAGGUGGUGGCGGGCAGCUACAGCUUCACCUGGCUUUGCAGCCAGGCCCACACGAGCAUGGUGCUGCAGCUGAGGGGCCGCAUUGUGGAAGACUUUGACCGGGAGUUUCGCUGUCUUUAUGCCGAGUCCCGGCCGGUGGAGGGAUUCUGUGGAGGUGAAGAUCCCCCGUCCCCCAGGGCACCGUGCCCUCCCCCAGUGGCCUUGGCUUUUGGGCCAGGAGUCCCCAGUACCACAUCCUCAUCACCCUCCAGCACCAGCCUCAGCAGCAUCAAACGCUCACCUCACAUGGGCCACUCAUACCUCGCUCUGCCAGGAGGUGGUGACCGCACUGACAUGGGUGUGGGGUCCUCAUCCCCCGGCCCUACCCGCUGUGAGGCUGAUGGCCAGCCCUCCCUGCAACGCCAGCUGUCAGACCCUAACCAUGGCCCGCUGCUAGGGCCCUACAGGGCCAACCUGAGCAAGCUGGGGGCGUCCCCCUGGUGCCAGUCUUCCCCUGCCCUCAACCACAAUAGCACCAGCCCCGUGACCCUGGGAGGGGGCUCACCUCUGCUUGCUUGCUCUCGCCCUCUCCUCCCCUUUCCCUGGAGUGUCUCAGCUCUGCCUCGGUUCCCAGAGAACGGGGUCCCAGGAAGCCAGGAGCCUAGCCCCUCACGAGGCCGCUGGGUACCCAGCACAGCCCUGGAGACACUGGAGGAGAACAAGGCGUCUCUGAGUCAGAGCCAUGGCCAGCUGGAUCUCCUUGGUCCCUUCCCCAGAGCACGAGAAGCAGGAGGCCCUGAUUUGGGGGUGGGCCGCAACUCAGGCUCUCUUUGGCCUGGUGAGAAGGCCCCAGAGGACAGGAGGUUGGCCCCAAAUCAGAGAUAUAACCAACUGGAUUUCCUGCCCCAGGCCCAGGCUGCCAGGGGAGCCCCUGAGUCAGGCUCACCCAAGGUUGGCAAUUGGACCCCAGAGGACAAGAGGCUGUCCGCAAACCAUAGCCAUGGCCAACUGGACCUCCUGGUGCAGUCCCCCCAGGCUGGGGGCUCCAGAGUGCCCCCUGAAGCCAACUCUCCAGCCAGCGCUGGCAAGCCGGGUCCAGAUGAACGACGGCAGACCCUGGGCCACAGCCAGCUGGACCUCAUCACAAAAUUUGGUCCAUUCCGGGGUGAGGGGCCUGGGCCCAGUGAUCUCCCUAGGCCGAGCCCUGCUCGAAAGGCUGGAGUGGACUUGGGGGAGGAGAAGCGGCGGACGCUGGGCCACAGCCAGCUGGACCUCAUCACCAAGUAUCAUCAGUUGCAGGGCAGCAGGCAGGGACCUGAGCCCGGCCUCUCUGGGGGCCCUGCGGGUGGCCAUCCCAAUGGCAACAGCAAUGGCCUGUCUGAAGAUGAGAAACGGCGGACCCUGGGUCAUAGCAAACUGGACCUCAUCACUAAGUACAACAAGUCCAAGUUCAAGUUGCUCCGAAGCCGCUUUGAGACCUAG